AUGCGGCAUCUUCGCUUGACAACGGCAUGUCUUGUUGUCAUUGCGCUGCUGCUGUUAUUGUUGAUAUCACCAUCCCCACAGCCAGUGGUGGCUGAUCCCUUCUUUUAUAUUGCGGAGGCCUCACAGAAACGCACGCAGUUUUUGGAUUUAAUAAGAACAACUUUACCGCGGCCAAAGGAACAUGCAGAGCGGACAACAUUCUCUGUUGAUUUCUAUAAUGCCCUGCAGUUAUUGCGAAUUCCCCGACGUGGAACUUCAGUCGUGGAGUUUGCCGAAUCGCAAGUAUUACUGCAGCCAGAACGGGAAUUAGAAGGAAAAGAGGCAACGGCAUUAUUAAAAGAAAAAUCAGAUGAUGUUAUCAUUGAUGAGAUCUUAUCUAUUCCACUUUCUACACAAUCAAGUUCGGGAGAUGUAUCUAAUAGCAACAAGAACAAUAACAAUAACAAUCCAUCAAGUAGAAAUAUGGCUACUAAUACAAAUAGUGAUGGAACGAAUAUGUAUUCUAGUGCGGAGUCAUUUUGGGGUUUUUUACGUGAUAGUUUACUUUCCAAAAGUAAACCAAAUGUACCUUAUUCUAUUCCUAAACCACGAAUGUAUGAUUUACCUAGACGAAUGGCUAAACACCCACCAACAUAUGGAUGGCGUCGUUUUUAUAUUGCCCUCAAUCUUUAUAAUAAUGAGGCUACCAUUCCUUUUCUUACAGGGGCAUUAGUGGCAUUUAUAGAAGAUGAACUUGCUCCUUUUUUUGAUAUUUCCACAUCUGUCGUAGUUUCUAUCUUUACAAAUGAUUCUAAAGAUCAUACGGCGUUGUUAGUAAAAAAAUUAUUAAUUCCACGACUACAACGUGCAGGUGUACGAAAUAUAUUUGCAACUGUUACGGGUACUUGUUAUACUUAUAAUAAAAUACCAAAGUGGAUGCAACGUAUUGAAUGGAUGGCAUGUGUGCGAAAUAAGGCGUUGGAACCAUUAUAUAAUUGGGGUAUGCAAUUAUUUUCACCAGACUUCUACACUUCCUCAAGGGAGUGUGAAAAGAAUCAAAAUUGUACAAGUGUAAAUGCAUAUCUUAAUGAAAUGAUGUCUUUACGGCGGUAUAAAAUGAGCCGUAAUGAUGAAUAUUUGAAUAAGAGUGCGAGUGAUGUUAAGAAUUCCUCUUUUACUGAAAAGUAUCCUAAUAAUAAUAAUAAUAAUAAUAAUAAUAAUAAUAAUAAUAAUAAUAAUAAUAAUAAUCAAAAAGGAUCUACGGGAUUUUCAAAAUGGGAUAAUAAUAAUGUACAUGAUGAUCCUGAUGGCGAUAAUAUGGUGGUAUUGUUUUUUAAUGAUAUCUUCUUUCGUCCAGAGGACAUCACAACACUAUUGGAAUCUGUAGAAGAACCCGUUAUUGCUGCCCGUAGAGAAUCCCAUGGAGUGAUGGAAGGAAAUCCACCCCCGCAAUCCACAUUAAGGAGGGAAAAAGGAAAAACGAUCGGCACUACUUUUGAUAUGGCUUGUGGAAUGGAUUUUUAUUAUAGUUUCUAUGAUCGAUGGGUCUCACGUGAUCGCUUUGGUAAACCGUUUUCAGGGCAUAUGCCUUAUACAGAUGAACCAGAAACACAAGCGGCAUUAGGUCGAAUUAGUGCACAUGCGGGAACUGCACAUGGGAGGAAAGAGGCUAUUCCGGUAAAGUGUUGCUGGAAUGGAGUUGCGGCAAUUCGUGGAAGACUUUUUCUUUCUCCAUUAAGUAUGAAAAGAAAUGUAGGUGAUACUGAAUCUACACCUCAUAAAGAACCUCAAAAACAACAACAACAACAACAACAGGAAGAAGAAAAAGAAAGAAAAGAAGGAGAUAAACGAUAUGGGAAUAUCACGGUUGAACUAGAUGGUGUUGCGUAUACUCUAGAUGAUGAGAUAAAAUUAUGGAAAGGACAGAGAUACCGCUAUGCACCGGAGGCACACAAGCAGGUAGUAAAUCUUUAUUAUUUAAUUCUGCUUAAACGAUUAUCUAUUCUUCGAGAGAAAUGGGUACAUACGGUGCGGAGAAUAUCUAAAGACACGGGAUUGUAUUUACCAUUAUCAGAUAUUUCCAUAUCCACAUCUGCGCUUCGUGCAGAAUUUGGAAUAGAAAUAACUUCUUCUUUAUCCAGUAAUCACUCCACUCCUACUGGGAUCGCUGAAAAAGAUAUUGGAAGUUCCAUUUAUUAUCGUGCGGUUGAACCCGGUAUUCGAUUUCGUCAUGCCUUAUUACCAUCUUUUGGGGCCACUGUAGAAGGAAAACAUACGGUACAAGAUGAUGUUUGUGUCUCUUCUGAGUGUUUAUUAAUUUGUCAAGAUAUUAUGCAUGCGGCAUUAUUGGAAGGUCGAUCUCCUGUUAUUUUAAUGAAUCCAAAUGUUCGAGUGGCUUAUGAAUCCGCACACUUUGAUCGAGUAACAGGAUGGAUGCAUAAUUCAUACUUUUUAUUUUCACUUUUUUCUUGGCUUCGUUAUUUCUUUUUAUGGUUCUAUCCUUCUUUUAAUUAUCAAGAGAGUGGUGGUAUUAAUAGUAAUAGUGAUAGUGGUAUUUCUGUUGGUGUAUCCACUUCCGCUGCUGAUGAUUGGACGGCGGGAAAUUACAAUCGUACGGCUAUUAUUGCCCAUACAUAUCCUGGCGGGAUUAUACGAUCCCGUUUAGUUAAUAUUACCCGUGCCUCCCUAAUGCUUUGUUAUCUCCCAGAAGAAGAAAGUACAUUGAAUUUAUUAGCAAUUUUCUUUACUAUUCUAAUAUUAGGGAUUGCUUCUAUGAAAGUCCUUGGAAAAUGUUUUAAACCCAUUUUCGUUAUUCAUGCAUCUCUACAACGAAGAUUAAUCUAUAGUAAAGGUAUACAUGCGAUGAGAAGAUUACGGUGGUACUUUAUGCGUGCCCUUUUGCAUCCUCGCGGUAAAAUUGCUUUUGGUUGUCCACGUUUUGUGUCUCGUGCAAUUCGUUGUGUUUUACAUUCUCCUUUAAUACAGUGCUUUACUUGCUGUGAACCUAUAGAGGAUGGAGAAGUGGUUCUUCUGUAA